CUUUCUCAUUGCUCCUUCCUACAGUAGGUACCUACCGACAUUAAUGUAAAAUACGGGGGGCACGUGGGUGCUAGAGCAUUUUAUGAAGUACCUACCUACCUAACCUACAAUGUACCUAAUGUAAGGUAGAGCCCAUGAGAUGGUUCCUUAGUACAUGUAUCAUGUACGUCGUUGAUCUAAAGAUUCAAUUAUAAAGAUGUUGGCCUAGCCCGAUUAACUAUAACCAACUAUAACAUUAUAGCGUCAUGGUAUCAUCUAAGCUAACAAAACAUCACCAAGCUUCCAACAAUGUCCGGUCAAUUAGCCUCUGCGCUUGCGCCGAUGCACGCCCAGGUUUUAAAUCGAGUCUUGCUUUUUUCUCAUUCGACAGCCACGUUCGAAAAUACGGAAAUACCAGAAUAACCCAGUAAGGUCGUGCAGGACGAGGGGAGAUGGCCUCUGCCUCUGCCUCCGCCUCCGCCUCCGGGCCUUCCCCAACGCUGGGACCCUCUCUCAAUCUGCGAGGAUCCUCGCCCGUGCCAGACCGCCCGCUAUCGCUAUCGAGGUUAUCAUCCCAAGAUAGGCUCAGCGGUAUUCUCGAGACUGCUAGAGAGCGUGCCGAUACCAUUGGUUCGCAGACGUCGGGACGGAGUGCGAGGAUGAGCUUUCAGCGUGUACUAAAGCGGGAUGAUGAUGGCGCACCUGACGAAACUACGAUUAUUGCGACUGCGCGCGGCAAUGCGACAAAUUACCAGAGCAUGCGAACGUCGCCCAAUCCGAGAAAUAGACGGCCCGUGGAGCAAUCCGAACUCGACUGUCCGGUAACAAAUGGCACAAAUGGCACGAACUGCACGAACGGCACGAACGGCGUAUCUCCCCAUACGAACGAGAAGAAGAAUUGGUUAAAACACUGUCUCAGUGGCGUGUGGUCGGUAGAGUUGGAGAAUAAAGGAAGCGUAGCUAGGGACCAUCUGGCAUUGGAGCGAACAUUUCUCGCCUGGCUUCGAACAUCGCUUUCAUUCGCAUCUAUCGGAAUAGCCAUCACCCAGCUAUUCCGUCUAAACGCGACGAUAGCGCCGGACGACCCCCAUUUUCAGACGAUUCGCCACAUAGGAAAGCCGCUCGGUGCCACUUUCAUAGGUAUAUCCAUAUUGAUUCUAUUGCUGGGAUAUCGUAGAUACUACCAAGGCCAGCAAUGGGUGAUCAAAGGGAAAUUCCCUGCCUCGAGGGGGACAAUAAUAAUCGUCUCGUUGGUCGCAUGUGCGCUUAUAGUUGUCAGCUUGUUUGUGGUUCUAUUUACGCAACCUACGAGUGUGGGAUCAAGCUAAGCUGCCGAUAUGGCGGGUUUGAAAUCGGAGUUCGGAAUCAUGAUAAUAUUGAGGAAUGAGAAGAAACUUAGGAUUGAUGAGACUUGGCUGGAUAGGCUCAUUCGUUUGACUAAUAUCUUGGGAAGGCUGUAAUUUAUAAUCGUUUCCAUGUAAUGAGUAGGUACCUUGGGUAAUUAUCGUGAAUUUUGAGCGGUGGUUAUAGAUUGUCUACAUGUAGGAAAUCUACGGAAUAGCUAGAAUCUAUUAUUAUCAUCAAUCAAAAAAAGCCUUUACUCCA